AGGGCAGUUUGCAGCUUCCCCUUUUCUGCCCUGCUCCAGGCACUGGGCUCUCCCUGUCAGUGCCUAGGAGCAGGGGACAGCGGCACCAUGGCCCCCCGUACGCCUGCCGUCCACCAGACCUGCUGCUGCUUUAACGUCCGCAUUGCCACCACUGCGCUGGCCAUCUACCACAUGAUCAUGAGUGUAUUGCUGUUCAUCGAGCACUCAGUGGAGGUGGUCCACGGCAAGGCGACCUGCAAGGUGUGGCAGAAGGGCUACCUCCGGCUCGCUAACCUGGUCUCCAGCUUCCUGCUCAUCACCAUGCUCUUUGCCAUCAGCUUGAGCCUGCUGAUCGGAGUGGUCAAGAACCGGGAGAAGUACCUGCUGCCCUUCCUGUCCCUGCAAAUCAUGGACUACCUGUUGUGUCUGCUUACCCUGCUGGGCUCCUACAUUGAGCUGCCCGCCUUCCUCAACUUCACUUCCAAGAGCAGCUGGGUGGGCCCCUCCAAGGUCCCACUGAUGACCCUGCAGCUGCUCGACUUUUGCCUGAGCAUCCUGACCCUCUGCAGCUCCUACAUGGAAGUACCCACCUAUCUCAACUUCAAGGCCAUGAACCACAUGAAUUACCUCCCCAGCCAGGAGGGUGUGGCUUACAGCCAGUUUAUCAAGAUGAUGAUCAUCUUCUCCAUCACCUUCAUCACCGUCCUCAUCCUGAAGGUCUACAUGUUCAAGUGCGUGUGGAGAUGCUACAAAUUCAUGAAGUACGUGAAUUCGGCCGAGGAGAGGAGCGGCUCCAAGAUGCUGCAGAAGGUGGUCCUGCCAUCCUACGAGGAAGCGGUGUCUCUACCAUACAAGAGUCCGGAUGGGGGCCCAGCACCGCCCCCCUACUCAGAAGUGUGACACCCGCCAGGCCCCAGCCUCCAUGCUGGGAGGAGUGGAGCUGUCUCGUAAUCUGCUUCUCUGCUUUGGUGGCCCCUGGUGGCCCCGGGUGAAUCACCCGCCUGACUUCAGGACAACCCGCUUGUGUCCCCUCGCUGGCCUGCUUUUCCCGUGGGGCCUGGGAGAGGCUCACAACUGGGUCAACUUCAGGCUGAAGGACUCCUUGAGUCUCUCGGAAAUUCGGUCCAAUAGUCCUUGGCUUAUUGUGAUCGGCCCCAGCAUCUGUUUAAACCAUUUGUCAUUCUUAGCCCAGUGGGUUUGGUUAAAGGACGUGGAACUUGACCUGUGGAACCACGUGGCUGACAAAUGAAAAGCACGCUUCUCAGUGCAGGGAACCAGUUGUGGGGGAAAGCUGCCAUCCAUUGCAUUGGUUUUAGACAGUUGUCUCUUCACACAGUCAUGCGGCCAAGUCAUUGUCCCUGGGUCCUCUCCACCAAACACCUACGUCCAAUUUCUGGUUUCAACAAUUACAGACAGCCAACCACCAGUCGAUUCAAAGCAGAGAUAAAAUUCAAUAAUAACAAUAAAAAUCAAAUGAGCCCCAAACCAUUCUCUUCCAUUGAGUCCAGUAACUGGCUGCCCACUCCGAUCCACGCGGUACUUCCGAGGGGCUGCGUAAUUGUCAGUUCAAACGAAAAUCCUCGCACUUGCCCACUGUCAUCUGACAGCUACUUGCAGGAGGUAACAGUUGUUCCCACCACCGAACUGUCCCCCGACAAACAAACACACAGUCAUUUUGCUGAAGACAGUCAUCAGUAACAGUUGGCCACAUGUGGCCGGUGUCCUCCCGCGGCAAUGGGGCCUGUGACAAGGGCGGCCUCAGGCGCAGUUGUCCUCGGCAGUGAGCUGCCACCAACCCCCAGCGGGGGCCCCUCUGUCACCAGUCUGGGCCGAGGCCCUUCUGUCCUGCCCAAUGCUUGUGCUUACACAACAAGUUAGCCCUGACAUCAGGCAGAUCUGGGGGCUGGACUAAAUCCACGUGUUGGUUCGGUCAAAGCAGGGGAACUCUUUGUGGGCUCAGACCCUGCCACGGGCUCUCAUGGCGGUGGUGGUAGAUGGGAAGGUUGGGUUCCCACACGCCCUCUUUCGCCUGUUUCCCUGCAGGCUGGGGUUCUCCAGGGACCUGAUCCCGAGGAGGAGAUAACAGGGCUACGGAGGCAGGCUCUCUGGGGUCUGGGGGGGGGCUCCCCGCCAGCACCUCCUCAUUUAAUUGCUUUGUGUGGGACGGGGAAGAAGUUUGAAUAAAGCAGCACCACGCUUCA